AUGAAUUCCACCAAUACUGCUUCAGCUAUACCCGCCAUGAAGCUGAACGAUGGAAACAAGAUCCCAAUGAUAGCGUACGGUCUAGGAACUGCAAACUUCAAGAAGGGAGGAAGAACAGAUUACGACGAAAACGCGUUUAACUGCGCCCUGACUGCUAUAAAGAGUGGUUUUUAUCACCUCGAUGGGGCUUCAGCGUACGGGAACGAGGAAGAACUCGGUGCAGCUAUCAGAGCAUCCAGCGUGCCGCGAGAGAAGCUCUAUGUUGUCACCAAGCUCAACGGCUGGAAGAAGCAAGACGUACAGAACGUUUUUGAUACCUCGAUGAAGAAACUUGGGCUUAAUUAUGUGGACUUGUAUCUCAUCCAUGCACCGUUCUUCGCGGAGAAGGCUGAAGAUUUACAGGAAGCUUGGGCCACCCUUGAAGCCAUCAAAGGGUCUGGACGUGCUAAAUCGAUUGGUGUGUCUAACUUCAUACAGGAGCACCUUGAGACCAUCCUCGCCACAGCUAAAAUCCCACCAGCCAUCAACCAAAUUGAAUACCACCCCUAUCUACAGCACGGUAAUCUUAUAGAGUACCAUCACAAGAACAACAUAGCUUUAUCGGCCUAUGCGCCGUUAACAGCUAUUAUCCGCGCUAGACCAGGUCCUGUAGAUGCCCUUUAUGCGAACCUGGCCAAGAAAUAUGGUGUCACGGAGGGGGACAUUGCGUUGCGUUGGUGCAUUGAUCAAAAUAUCGUGGCUAUCACGACGAGCUCGAGUGAGGAGAGGUUGAAGAGCUAUAUGGCGAAUGUGUGGAGUUUUAAGCUGGCUUCUGAGGAAAUUGAAGGUAUUUCGAUGAUGGGGAAGCAGAAGCACUUUAGGGCAUUUCAGAAUCAGUGGAUUGCGGAGGGUGACUGGCGAUAG